GGAAGUAGAAUGCAGCUGAAAUAAACAGGAUCAGCAGGGAGAAACCAAACAGCUUUCUGAAGAGAGAGGGAUGAAUGUGAUUUUGUAGCAGGUUUCAUUUUCAAAUAGCCAAGGACAGCAACUGAACCAAAUUGCUUGGUGACAUUUCCUGCUUUUCAUACAACACAGAUUACAGGAGCCUCGACUACAUUGGUUCUUUACAAUGAGAUUUCUCUCUUCUUUAUGUAAAAUGUGUUGCUUUUAGGGAAUAUAUUCUCAGUGUCCAGGUUUUUCAUUCUGAAUUAGAAAUAAAAAUGUGAAGGGUUAAGAUCGAUUUAUGUGGGUUUAAACCCAGAGGAAUUAGGGAUGCUGUCAUUAUUAUGAGGCAAUGCAGAACCUAUUCCUAGUUAGAGUGACAAUUCUACAUUAAAGGAUCAAAUUGGAAUUUAAAUUGCAACUUGAAUAACUGGUAUGUUGUCUUCAUGCUAAAUUUAUUUAUUUAAAAUGGUAUCCUGCCAUUCUUGUCAAAGACAACCCACAGUGGCUAAAUUUAUGGUCUGAUGGAGCAGUCCUGCUGAAACUAAGCAGAGCUGAGGUUGGUCGGUGCCUGGAAGAGAGGCUGCUUGUGGGAUCCUUAUAGAAGCAAAUUCUGGAUCAAAGAUCCUUGGGAGGGACAAUGAGCGAUUGCUAAGCUGCCUACACUGUUGUUUUUCAGUUGAUCCCUGUGGUUUGAGUUGCCUGAAGUCAUGUCGGACUGGCUGCUCAUUGGAUUGUUUGUGGCACUAGUUGUGCUUCUGCUGUUGACACUCUUUGGCUUUGCUGUUUAUUCGGGGCUCUUCUCAGAAGUGGUUGUGAGUGCUGGCUUGCCCCCCAUCGGCAACAUCACUGUGGCAUAUAAAUUCCAGGUGGGGCCUUACGGUGAUUGUGGAAGGCUGUUUACGGAGAGCUGCAGCAUCUCUCCAAAGCUGUGCUCCAUUGCUGUCUACUAUGACAACCCUCACACGGUGGAUCCAGAGAAAUGCCACUAUGUAGUGGGUAGUAUCCUGAGUGAAGGAGAAGAGAAGCCAGCUGAGAAAGUGGUCCGCAUGUUCCUGAAGUAUGGUUUCAAGAUUAUCAACUUCCCAGCCCCUAGCCAUGUAGUCAUGGCAACUUUCCCCUAUACAACUCCACUGUCCAUCCAUCUGGCAGUGAACCGUGUCCACUCAUCCCUUGACACAUACAUCAAGGAGCGGAAACUGUGUGCCCAUCCCAGAUUGGAGAUCUACAAAGGCAACCAAAUCUAUUUUGUAUGCCCCCUUGCCCGCCAAGGAGACUUCUACGUACCUGAAAUGAAAGAGCUGGAGAAGAAAAGCAGAGCAGCAGCUGCAGAGGCUGAAGAUGCUCAAACAGAUAUCACAGGGGCUGACACCUUGAGUGAGACCAGCUCUAUCAGCCUGGAGGCCACAACUGACAGCCGAGAGACUUCAGUGGCUACUUCCAUCUUGUCCCCCUUCACGUCUGGCCACGGCCGAGAUGAGGCAGACAAUCGCAGUGAGCACAGUUACAGCGAGUCAGGGGCCAGUGGCUCCUCCUUCGAAGAACUGGAUUUGGAAGGCAAUGGUGAUGGUGAUGGAAUGACGGGCCUGUCGUCUGACCUUGGUUCUGCUGAGGACCAGGACACCACCAAGGCCAAGUGGACCAAGGAGCACAUUGCCCUGGAGAAAGAAAAGGUCUCAGCAAAGUGGAGGAUGGGUAACAUCGCAAUAAAACAGGGCAAUGACACAACAGAAGUGGACACAGCUACGUCUCGCCAGUGUUGAUCCUCAGAGGCUAUGAUGCAAUGGUAGUUCUGGAAUGGAAUGGAAAGUUUCUGUGUUCCGUGCUGUGAUGUAGCAGAUUUGCUGUGAUAUCUCAGAUACAGUCGUAAUCAUAGUGGAUUUGACAUAAUGUUGUGCCACUGCUGGAAGUUUAUAUAUAUAUAUAAUUUUCUGGAUAUCCACUAUUUCUGGAUAUUUUUCUGGAAUAAAUAGUUUCCAUACAUAGAAACAAGUUACACAUUCUGCCCUUAUGCAGGAUAAGAAUCCCUAUAGCUUUCACUUCAGUACACCUCUUAGUAGGAUGAAAUGCAGAUGGUCCUUGGUUUGCAUUAGUAAUAUUAUGUGUAUACUGGAUUGGGUCAAACCUGUCUCCAUCAAAAUCACGUUGGGGAUACUGGAUCAGAUUUCUCACUGCUGUAAUUCUUAAUCAAGGUCUUGUACUGACAAAUCGACUGAUAAGAAUCACAUCAAACAGUUUGAAUCCUCAGACCUCCAUUAUUGUGGCUUGAGAGAAAGAUCAAGCUAGCAGGAGGGGGGAAAUGUUGAUAUAUGUGUAUGGGGGGGGUGCAUGUGUGAAAUAUUGAAAAGUUCUGAUUCUCCCCACCACAUUCUUGCUCCUCUUCUUUACAUUCUGUCCUGAAGGUCUUGGAUCAAUGGCUCCCUCUGUUUCUUAAUGGCCUUGGAACCAUGCAGUGGGCAAAGAAGUUCGACAUUCAGCCACCUUCAAGACUUUCCUUGUUUCUGAGCCUGGGGGAAAAUCAAUGGGAUUCAGUGUUAGAACCUUCCCCCAUGGGCUGUGAGGUCCAUAAAGCUACUCAGCUCCCUCCUCCAAGCAAUCACCAUUGAUUCCUUACUUUCUUGUGUUUUUGUUGCUGUGGCCUAUAAAGUUUCUGUUUCUCUUCUG